UCAUCUUCGUUACCUGCUUCACAUAAACCCUAAACCCCUUUUCUCGCUCUCUUCCUGGGUUCAAAAUCUGGGGAAAUGUUCUCUCCGUUGACGAAGAGAGCUAAGCAGAGCUCUCGUAAUGAAAAAACUCCACGCAAUCGAGUGGCUCCGCCGGAUUCUCCUGUAACUCCGGCGACUCAAAAUCGGAACAGUUUAAUCUCAGAUCGUCCUGCCACUGGAACUCCUGCUCCUUGGGCUCCUCGUUUAUCGGUUCUCGCUAGAGUUUCUCCUGUAAAUAUCGGUGAAAGAGGAGAUGAUACAGAUCAAUUGAAUCCUGUAUUCGUUGGAGAGUUUCCUCAAUUGUUGCGAGAUGAACAAAGUUAUCUUGGUGAUGCUUGUGUAUCCGGUGGUAUGGAUACAGAAACUUGUCUCUCUUGGUUUAUAAGUGGAAGUAAACUUUUUGUGUGGAGUCACUUGACAACCUUACCGUCGAGGAAAUGUGUUGUUCUUGAACUUCCUUCUUGUGUUUUGGCUAAUGAAGAGUCUGGUAGUGGUUUACAAGAUGGUAAAGGCUGGUUGAUUAGUGUUGUCCCUUGGGAUACCUCUGCGGGUGCUGCAAGUAGGGCUGCUCGAUCUCGUAGUCCUGUUGGUAUUGUUAUGUGUAACAGGAAAACUCGAGCUGUUGUGUAUUGGUCAGAUAUCUUUUCUGGUCAGGAAGCUGCCCCUGUAACUGAUAUUGGAUCUUCUGAUGAAAAUGUUGUUUAUAGUUCACCUAUAGGUAGAAAAAGCUCAUCAUUCAGAAAGAGACAAAGCAAUGGGAUUAGAAGCGGGAGAGCAGAAUAUAGUGAUCUCAAUUCAUUGAUUACUACUGCAGUAUCUGCAGCUGAGCGCCUUUGUAUUGCUAUUGCUUGCAGUUCUAAUGGUGAGCUAUGGCAAUAUACUUGUAGUCCUACAGGUGUUAAAAGUAGUCAAGUACAGUUCAACGUCAGCUCUUCCCCCAUAAGUGAGGGGUAUCCAAGGUCCUUGAUCUGGCGAUUUUCACAAGGAUUAGCAAGAGAGUCCUGUUGGCAAUUUUUUAUGCUGACAGAUUGUGACAUACAUUGUUUUAAUAUUGAACCCUAUCCUGGUCUUACUGUUUUAAAAGUCUGGCAACAUGAGAUUAUUGGCGCUGAUGGUGAUUCAGGUAUCAAGAAAGAUAUAGCUAGCCAAAAGCAGAUUUGGCCUCUUGAUCUGCAGGUGGAUGAUCAGGGUAAAGUGAUUACUGUUCUUGUUGCCACUAUCUGCAUGGACCGUGCCAGCAGUUCUAGCUAUACACAAUAUUCGCUUUUAACCUUGCAACAUAAAUCUGAGAUGAGAUUUUCAGAUGGGACAGAGGAAAGAUUUCUGGAGAAACAAGGCCCAAUCCAAGUCAUAAUCCCAAAAGCAAGAGUGGAGGAUAAAGACUUUUUAUUCUCUAUGAAACUCAGAGUUGGUGGUAGACCCGCAGGGUCAGCUAUAAUUCUUUCAGGUGAUGGAACAGCCACAGUUUGCUACUGUCAUGGAAAUUCUACCCGGCUCUAUAAGUUUGAUUUACCUUAUGAUGCUGGCAAGGUCUUGGAUGCUUCAGUUCUCUCCUCAAGUGAUGAACAUGAAUAUGGUGCAUGGACUGUGCUUACUGAGAAAGCAGGAGUAUGGGCAAUUCCAGAGAAAGCAGUUGUGCUUGGUGGAGUUGAACCUCCAGAGAGAAGUUUGUCACGCAAAAAUAGUUCCAAUGAGAGGUCUACACGGGAUGAGACAAGGAUAACACCAUAUGGCGUUGAUAAAACUGCUGGAAAGGAGAAAUCUGACAUACGAAAUAAUGGAGACAAAGGAAACCCUAAAAUGGGACUUACUCGUCAAACAGCCCGUGAGGAAGAAUCAGAAGCUUUGCUUGGCCAGCUCUUUGAGGAUUUUCUGUUAUCUGGGAAAGUUGAUGGAUCAUUGGAGAAGCUUAGUCAAUCUGGUGCAUUUGAUAGAGAUGGAGAGACCAAUGUUUUUGCUCGCAAAAGCAAAUCUAUAGUCGACACAUUAGCUAAGCAUUGGACAACAACUAGAGGGGCUGAGAUAGUGGCUAUGACUGUUAUAUCCUCGCAAUUGGUUGAGAAACAACAGAAGCAUGAGAAUUUUCUACACUUUCUUGCUCUAUCUAAAUGCCAUGAGGAGCUGUGCUCUAAACAGAGAAAGUCUUUGCAAAUAAUUCUGGAAAAUGGUGAAAAACUUGCUGCCAUGAUUCAACUCCGGGAACUGCAAAAUUUGAUUAACCAGAAUCGCUCAGCUAGAUUUGGCUCUCCGCAUGCUGGCUCAGAGGAUCAAGUUUCUUGUGCCCUUUGGGAUCUUAUUCAAUUUGUAGGGGAAAGAGCUCGGCGAAAUACUGUUCUCUUGAUGGACAGAGAUAAUGCUGAAGUUUUCUACAGCAAGGUAUCCGAACUUGAGGAAGUAUUUUAUUGUCUGAACAGGCAACUAGAAUACAUAAUCAGAGCUGACCAACCACUGGGAACUCAAGUGCAGAGAGCCUGCGAACUCUCAAAUGCAUGUGUUACCAUUCUUCAGACUGCCUUAGAUUACAAAAAUGAGCAUCAAAUGAGGUAUCCACCACUUGAAGGUUUAAUACCUUGGCACUCUCAGCCUGUUGUAUGUAAUGGACUGUGGUGCAUUGCGUCCUUUAUGCUUCAUCUGUUAACUGAGGCAUCUAGGAUUGAUAUCUCUGCUAAAUCAGAUAUAUACACACAUCUCGAAGUACUUACUGAAGUUUUACUUGAGGCUUGUGCUGGUUCUACCUUUGCAAAAUUGGAGAUGGAAGACGAAAACAAAGGUUUGCUUAAUGAGUACUGGACUAGGCGGGAUACCAUUUUUGACUCCCUUUAUCAACAAGCUAAAGAGUUUAUGGAAGCAGAAAUCCAGGGCAUCAGAGAAAGAACUGAAAGGACGGAUGAAGAUAUCUUCAGAAACCGUUGUUCAAAUUUGCUAUCCAUUGCAAAGCGACAUGCAGGCUACAAAAUUAUGUGGAGGAUAUGUUAUGAUCUCAAUGAUACAGAGCUGCUCAAAAACUUAAUGCACGAGGGUUUAGGGCCACAAGGAGGGUUCAGUUACUUUGUGUUCCAGCAACUCUAUGAUAUGAAACAGUACUCUAAGCUUCUACGGCUUGGAGAAGAAUUCCAGGACGAGCUACUGAUAUUUCUAAAGCGCCAUUCUGAUCUGCUGUGGCUUCAUCAGGCGUUUCUCCAUCAAUUCUCAUCUGCUUCUGACACUCUUCAUACAUUGGCCCUAGCACAAGAUGAAGAGUCUAUGACAACUAUUGAAGAAAGAACGGCGUCAGAACCUGAAGAUUUACAACCAACAUUCGCAGACCGCAAGCGGUUUCUGAACCUUUCAAAGAUAGCCUAUGUGGCAGAUAAGGAUUCUGAUUCCGAAUCGAAAGUGAAGCGCAUUGAAGCUGAUCUCCAGUUACUGAAGCUGCAGGAAGAAAUUACAAAAUCUUUGCCAAAUGGAGAAGCCAAAAACCGGCUGUUCCGAGCAGAGGAGCUCAUUGAAAUUUGUCUCAGUAUCCAGGGGCGAUGGACAGCUAUAAAAGCUUUUGAGGUGUUUGCAUGGACUAGCGCUUCAUUCCGUGAGAAUCAUAGGAGUCUUUUAGAAGAAUGCUGGAGAAAUGCCGCGGAUCAAGACGACUGGGACAGACUCCACCAAGACUCUACUAAUGAAGGUUGGAGCGACAAAGAAACAUUACAGAAUCUAAGGAACACUGCCCUUUUCCAGGCUUCCAAAACGUGUUACGGACCAACCCGAGUCAACACUUUCGAUGGAGAUUUCGCUCAAGUCCUAUCCCUGAGAAGAGAGAACCCUGAAGAUUCGACUUCUUCCGUAGAGGAAGUGUUGAUGAGCCACAAAGAUUUCGCCGAAGCCGGGAAACUUAUGCUAACUGCAAUCAUGCUUGGUUGUGUAGAAGAAGAGAGCAUUGUAGCAGAAGAGUUCUCAUCUCCAAUGGAUAGUUAAAUUUUUCUUUCGAGUAAACGUGACAAUGUAAAUGAUUUUAAGAUUUGUUUUAUGAGUUACUUAUUUGACUGAGAUGAUUGUAAGAUUUUGAGUUUCCCUCUUUAUGAUAUGUCGAAUCUACCAAAUUGAAAA